GAUAGUGAAUGUAGGUGGUGGUGUGUUGGGGCUGGGACAGUUGUGUUGGAUGUUGAAUUGAAUUGAAGUAGGAUAUCCAUCCCGCCCCAGCAUAAAGUAAACCAGCAAUAUCCAGUGUGUGUCAUUGAUGCACAUUAUAGUUACAUAGUAAAUAAUUGCGAGAAUGUGUUGUGAUGUUCCUGUUUGUUGAUGAUAAAUUACUCACUCAGUGUAGAUGCUUUUUGGUAAAGUGUAUAUAGACAAAUUGGUGAGCCGGCAGGCAAGAUGGGCAAACUCUUGUCAAAAAUAUUUGGCAAUAAGGAGAUGCGCAUCCUUAUGCUGGGCUUAGACGCAGCUGGAAAAACUACAAUAUUGUAUAAACUUAAAUUUGGACAAAGUGUCACAACAAUACCGACAGUAGGAUUUAAUGUAGAAACAGUAACAUACAGAAACGUUAAGUUUAAUGUUUGGGACGUGGGCGGCCAAGAUAAAAUACGCCCGCUCUGGCGUCAUUAUUAUACCGGAACACAAGGACUUAUUUUUGUAGUAGAUUGUGCGGAUCGUGAUCGAAUUGACGAAGCCCGUCAAGAAUUGCAUCGAAUUAUCAACGACAGAGAAAUGCGUGACGCUAUUAUUUUAGUAUUUGCCAAUAAACAAGAUCUUCCAAAUGCUAUGAAGCCACACGAGAUACAGGAGAAAUUGGGUCUAACGAGAAUACGAGAUAGAAAUUGGUACGUGCAGCCCUCAUGUGCCACGACGGGGGAUGGACUCUACGAAGGCCUUACUUGGUUGACUAGUAAUCAUAAAUUAUGAAUAAUUAGUUAGUCUUUAUUCCUCGUGGUUUAUAAAACUAAACAAGAUAAAUAAUGAUAAAUAAUUUAAAUAAUAAGUUACAACUACAACAUUAACAUCAUAUACAAAACGCCUGCCAUGUGAUUUUACCUUACGCCAACAAUGUUGAGACUCAGCGGUUAUAAUAACGCGUAAAAAUAUAAUGAUUGUGAAUAGUGAUGUGAUGUGUGAUGUGCUGAUGUGAUGGCAUAACAUACAACAUUCAUACAUUCAUAUUACAUACUCGUCCGUCGCUGUGUGGAAGCUAACUUACGAACGUGAUGGAAUGUGAAUCUAAUGUACAAUGGCUUGUUUCAAUAAUAUAUGUAUAGAGAAGGAGAGUAAGAGUAAGAGAGAUAAAGAGGGAGAGCAAGGGAGAGAGUGGGCUGCUAGAUAGACAUCCCCAUUCAUACAGUAGUCUAUCGUUCAACAAUCACCCGCCAAUGUCUCUCUUAUCAAAAUUACCGGUUCUAUCUCUUAUUAUUAUUAUUUUUUAUUUUAUUAUUUCGUUGUAUAAUUGUACCCGAGGUUUAUCAUAGAAAAUUAUUUUUGUUCAAACAAAAUAAUUAUAUAUAUAUAUAUUAAAUUUAAAAGAAAUUAAAUUAAAUCGUAAAAGAGUUUGUAAAAUCUGACAGUUUAUUUGGGUGUGAAUUUGUUUUUGUUAAUUGUAGAGCAGAUUGAGAAAUUUUUGCAAUAUUGAUUAUUUGAAACUUACGCAGAUCCAAUUUAUUUGAAAAAAAAAAAAAAAAAAAAAAAAAAAAAAUUCAAUAUUUUUUUACUAUUAUUAUUUAAAUUAAAUUGGCGGUACUUGUAAUUUUAAAAAUAUAUUAUGUUCACAAGCUUGAGCCAGUAAAAAAGUAAACAAAAAUUUAUUAUAUAUUAUAAAUAUUGAUAUUGAUUAAAUUGCGAUAAUAUUAUUGAUUAUUUUAAAAAAAUAAAUCAGCAAGAGCUUUGUUCAGCGUUUAAAUUAGUAACAAUGAGAUGUAAAAAUUUAUUGCUUAUUGCAAACGUUUAUUACGUUAUAGUUUUAAGUAAUAAUUAUUAAAAAUCACUUAAAGCAAUUUAAAUAAAUACCACACUGGAAUUUAUUUAUUUAAUAAUUAAAUAAUAUAUGAUGAAAUAAAAUAAAAUAAUAAUUGUGGCUUAUGUCAGUUAAUUUAUAAUAAUAAUAAUAAUAAAUUUAAGUAAAAUGAUGUAUCGCCACGAAAUUUAAUUUAUUAAGAUUCAAAUAUAAUAAAAUUAUUAAGCUUAAAAAUUGAAAUAGUUUUUUUAUAAAAUAAUAAAUAAAAAUAAAGUACAACAGCGACGAUUUAGUUGUAAUGGUCAAAAAAUUUCUGCAAAUAAUUGAACUUACUUAUUAUUAUUAUUAUUAUUAUAAUUAUUAUUAUGUCUAACGCUCAAGAUGUUUUAUUUGCUAAAAAUAUUAAGUAUUUUUUAAUUCAAUUGUCAGCAGAAUUUUUUUCCCACUUUAUUUUUUUUUUUACAUGUAACAGCAUAAAAUAAUUAUCGAGCACAUGAGCAAAAUCACAAGCGACGUUAAAUGAGCAUAAUAAAAAAAAAUAUUUUAUUAAUAUUAUUAUUAUUACAAUUAUUUUUGAUCAAUAUAUGAGUGUUCAUAUUAAGUAGGAAUUAAAUAAAUUAAAUUAUAUAGGGAGUGGAUACGUAUCUUCUUUGAUGUUGCCAAAGCAACGUUGCAAUUGCAUUCCGUAGUAUAAAAAACAUUUUAAAAAAAUCAUUUUUAGACAUCUAAAAUAUUCACUGGUUUAUAAAAAUAAUUCCAAUAUUUUUUACUAUUACUAAAAUAAUUAUUAUUAAAAUACUUGUUGCCAAUUUAAAUAAAAAAAAAAAAAAAAAAAAAAAAAACAAAGUUGUGCUUUUGUGAACAAACCGUACAAUUAUAAAUGUUCCGACUAAUAGUUUUACAAAGAAUUAAUAAAACUAAUUAAUAAUAUUUUGUAACUAACAAUUCAGUAUUGCUUCUUAAAUUAGUCGACAGUCAACUAAUUAUGAAGUAAAUGGAAAUAAUCCAUUUUUGUGGUCAAUUUAUACGAUCCCUCAAUAUUAUAUAUAUAUAUAUUAUAUAAUAUAAUUAAAAAAAAAAAAAAACAGGUGUACUGUAUAGAAAUGACUGAAAAAUUAUCAUUAUAUUGAAUGUAAAUUUUAUUUUAAUUCACAGUGUGUACUUUAAAAAAGUAACCCGUCGAAAAUUAUUUUUUUUCGUAAUAUAACACUUUUAUUAUUAUUAUUAUUAUUAUUAUUAUAAAUAUUAUUAUUAUUAUUAUUACUAUUAUUAUUAAUAUACAUAUAUCUUUCUACUCAUGUUUUAUUUUUCUCACAUACUCAUCGUUUCUUUUUUACUUCACUAAAAAAUCAUAAAUCAAUAAUAGACGGACCAUCGUGUGUUAUAUGUAAUCGCGAUAUUUAAUGUCACUAUUUUCGAUAAAUCAAUGAAAAAAAAAAGUAAGAAUAAACAAAAAAUUUUUAAAUUA